AAAUGGGGGAUAGAAGAAGGGAAAGUGAAAAAUGCCUGAUAAAGCUCUUGGCAGAAGAAUGGAGAGUUUAGGGCUGCAGGCUGUUGCCCUGAGUGAUGGCUCCACAGCCUAUAUCCAACAAGCCAUCAGUGAUGGUAAUCUAGUCGAAGGAGACACCAUCCAACUGGAAGAUGGCACCACUGCGUACAUCCAGCAGGUCACAGUGCAGCAAAAAGAUCCUCUGCCCUUUGAGGACGGCCAGGCGGUUCAGCUGGAGGACGGCACUACGGCUUACAUUCACCACACACCAAAAGACGGAUACGACCCUAGUGCUGUGGAGGCAGUGCAGCUGGAGGACGGCAGCACGGCAUACAUCCACCAUCCCUCUGGUCUCCAAACAGGAGGCACUAUCCUUACUGUGCAGGCAGGGGGCGCUCUGGAGGAGCUCACAGUAGAGGGCCAUAUGGACGCUGAUACUAUUGCUACACUGGAGACAUACUCAGCUAAGAUGACUGCCUCAGAAGUAGAGAUAGAGGAGAAUGGGGGCAACACCAAUGGACUUCAGGAAGCCAGCAUUGGUCAAACCACUGUUCAGGUGAUGUUUGAGGGAAGAGCGUGGGGCUCCGGUAAAGUUCAGCAGACUGCGGAGAAAACGUUCCAGUGUGCCUACGAGGGCUGUGGCAGACUUUACACAACAGCCCACCACCUGAAGGUUCACGAGCGCUCUCACACGGGCGAUCGGCCGUACAGAUGCGAGGUGCUGACGUGUGGAAAGGCCUUUGCCACGGGCUACGGCCUGAAGAGUCACCUGCGGACACACACGGGAGAAAAACCGUACAAAUGCCCAGAGGACAUGUGUUAUAAGGCUUUCAAGACCUCUGGAGACCUGCAGAAACACGUGCGCACCCACACAGGUGAGAAGCCCUUCAAGUGUCCGUUUGAGGGCUGUGGACGCUCCUUCACCACCUCCAACAUCCGGAAGGUUCACAUCCGCACACACACAGGCGAGAGGCCGUACAUGUGUCCAGAGCCCAGUUGCGGACGAGGUUUUGCCAGCGCGACAAACUACAAAAACCACAUGAGAAUUCACACGGGAGAGAAGCCCUACCUCUGCACUGUUCCCGGCUGUGGAAAGCGCUUCACUGAGUACUCUAGUCUGUACAAACAUCACGUGGUGCACACACACUGCAAGCCCUACACGUGUAAUCACUGUGGCAAGACAUACCGCCAGACGUCCACUCUGGCCAUGCACAAACGCACCACCCACGGAGACUUCGAGUCCACAGAGGAGGAAGUGGAAGCUGUAGAGGCAUCUCAGCAGCAGAGUGCCUUUGUAGAGGGAGCUGUGCAGAAAGAGGAGGGGUCACAAAUCACUAUGGAGACAAAGGAUAUUACUGGCUCUCAGGUUGCCAUUAUUACUUCAGAUGAAAUCAUGGCAGGUGGCUCAGAGGUAUCUACUCCUCAUUACCAGCAGGUGGCACUGUUGGCCACAGCUAAUGGCACUCAGAUCGCUGUUCAGCUGGAGGAGCAGCAGACUCUUGAGGAAGCGAUCAGUAUGGCGACCGCUGCCAUUCAGCAGGGAGGACUGACCCAAGAAGGAGUGAUCACUGAAAACGGGUGCUGAGAAUCAUGGUACAAAAAAUCCACACUGUUGAUCAGGGAGUCGCUCAGCUCCAACGCGAGGCACCCCUGCCUCUCAGAGGGGAGACGUUUGGACAAGAUAUCAGAAAGAGACAGAGAGUGAGACAGGGCAUGUGUUUGUGACCGAGAGAGAAAGAGAGAGAUACAGAGAGAAGCCAGAUGGGAGAUCGCUGCAGAGAUGGGAUUAACCUGUUUAGGUCGGACUGUUAGCAGGUCUGUCGAAAGGCUUAUUUUUUUUCUUUCACUUUACGGUAAUUAAAGUAACUGUCUUACUGCUUUUAGCUGAAGUUUUAAGAGCAGCAGAAACCUGCACCUUUUCU